GAUGGGAGGUUUACUUCCAAUAUGGCUGAAGAUCCCGGAGGCUUGUAUUUUAUUCACCCAGUAAUUUUCCCUUUUCUUUUCGUUUUCCCUGUUGGCUCUGCAACAUGGAAGGAGUCUCGAUAGCGUGUUUCGAUCCCGUGUCCUCGUCUCCGCCGCCGCCAUGCCAAAGAAAGGGAACAGAAAACGGCUGAAAUACCGAGGAAACAUUUCUUCUGAAACAGUUACUGUGGCAGAUUAUGCCGAUUCAGACCCAGCAAUUGUGAAGACUGGGAGAGUAAAGAAAGCUGUCGCGAAUGCAAUUCAAAAAGAAGUGAAGUUACUAUGUGGUUUGGAGGCAUCUCAAGUCCCUGUAACAGAAGAAGCUCUUUCAUCUGUGGUUGAGGAUCGUUUGGACUGUGACAGCAGUGAUCAAGUAGAUGCUGAUGGCCACUCAAAUGAGUUGAAGAUCUCUAGGAAAAAGAAAAGUAAAAGACAGCAAGAGGGUGCAGAGGACUAUGGAGAACAGUAUCCUAUAGAUAUUUGGUUAUUUCUGGCAUCUUACAUACGCCCUGAAGAUAUUGUGAAGUUUGCUCUAAUUUGUAAAAGUGCCUGGGCUGUUACCUGUACAGCUGCAUUUUGGACCAGAUUAUACAAGAGAUAUUACUGUUCAGAUGUGUACUUGCCUGAACGUUUGCAACGUGAGGUCAUAGGAAGGUUGAGUUCGCUGCGAGCCUGUGUAAUUCGUUCUUUGUACCUCAUGUAUGAGCCAUUUCAUUCUCGUCUGUCAGAGAAACCAUCAAUUCCAGAGUCGACUCCAACCACGUUGCAGAAUUGCAGUUGCUUGCUGUACUGGUGCAAAAAAGGAAGUGGAAAUAGAACAGACCAAAGAUGGGAAUUCAACUAUAAAUUCAAAAAGCAGUCUCCUAAGUUGAAGAAUGGCUGUCGAAAUGGACUUCAGUUUCCUAGACAAUAUGAACAAGUGCACAAGAACCCUGACCAAGACUGCUACUUAUUGCAGAUCACCACUUUCAAUUUCAUCUUCACACCUGUGGUUAUGGGAAUGACAUUAACAUUGUUUACAAUAAACGUGAGCACUGAUAUGAGGCACCAUCGUGUCAGAAUGCUAUUUCAGGACUCCCCACUUCCACAAGGCAAGAAGCCUAAAAAGGACCAAGGACUCCAAGUUAUCUUGGAUCCUGUGCAUAGCGUACGUUUACUGGACUGGUGGCAUCCACAGUAUCCCUUUUCUGCUAGUAUUUAAUACUAUUUUCCUUUAAAACAAUUGCAAAAUUGAGAGGCAAAAAUUGGACAUAAAAUUGAAUUGCAUGUUAAUAUGGAGAAUGAGUUCAGUUUUUAGAGGAGUGACUUAUGGAAUGUAGACUGUUGUGAUUUGUAUACGUCAUAAGUAUUUGCAACUGAAGUGCAAAUGUUGAGGGCUGAAAUGUUAGCACCAUUUGGAACCCUGGAUCUGAGAAUCAGGGAAAACUAAUCUUGUAAUUGAUAAAAAGGCAGUUCAACUUUAGAUGUUUCUGAUUAUUUUAUACAUAGAAAUUUAGCAGAAUGCUUGACGCGGCAGGAAUCGAUUCUCUCUUACUUGGACAGUAUGAAACUUAAAUAUUAGCAGUGAUGUUCAAGGGGUAGGAAGUUGUAGGCACAGGGUACCCUUGUCAUUUAUAACACACUCAUGGAGUGUGCAGUGGUUUUUAAUUGUUGUUAAUAGUAACCAAUAAAAUAUUGGUAGACAAAAAUGCUGGAGAAACUCAGCGGGUGUGGCAGCAUCUAUGGAGAGAAGGAAUAGACAACGUUUCAGGUCUCCAGCAUUUUUGUCUACCUUCGAUUUUUCCAGCAUCUGCAUUCUUUCUUAACCAAUAGAAUAUUGCUCCCCUUAAUGUAUUUCCGCAAAAGAUCAUUGCGAAAGCAGUUCUCUGCACAAACUAGAAAUAGAACUUCAUUACCAUUAAACCCAUGGUGAAAUGUCCAAGGGCAUCAUGAUCAUCAUGAAUCAUAAGAAGACUUUGGAGCUGGAACUUAAUUAUUUACAAAGAGAACCUUUGUAUUGAACAUUGUCCUGAAGUUCCUAUUCUCUCUGUUCUAAUUCUGGACAAUUAGAAAUGGAUUAAACAUGAAGCUCAUUAGUUUUGUUUUGAGUAAUUUGAUGAAGUGAUUUAGAUUGCCAUUUAUUUAGUCAACUUUAGAAAUGUGCAAAAGAAUUUUGAAUUGUACUUGGAAAAGCAAAAAAAAAAAAUGCAGGCUGAAAUUUGAAUUGUAUGUUGGCAUUCUGAAACCUUACCCACUCAAUACAUCUGGGAUAUUUUUGAAUCUCUGCAAAACUUUGAAGUGGAUUAACAUUAUCCUGAUAAGAAUUUAGUACAUUCAUCCUAUCACAUUUUUGUAGGUGGGAUUGCCAAUACAUUUCUUCAUGUCAAACAGAGUGUAUUUAAGAAUUUGCUGCUUGUUCUUUGAUAAGAAACGUGCGUAAAACAUGAAAGGCACUUUUUUUUACUGAAGAGUUUUCAGAACAUUAAAAGUGACUGAUCGUGUUAACUGAGGAUCUUGUUUCAGUUUGGUAUAGUUCAGUUUUUGAAUGAGGAAAAAAGUGGAGCUUGAUUUGUUUUGAAUCAAUCUUUGCUACGUUUAACGAGCUGCCUCAUUCCUUAAAAGACAUAGUUGAUAAUUGAAUGAUUUUGUUGAUCUGAGAAUGAAAAGAAUAAAUACAAUCCCAAAUCAACCUUAACUCAACUAAGCAAGAUAAAAUUCAAUACUAUGUCAUGGAUUGCAGCAGCUCGGGUAGUUCUGGUUAACAGAUUAAAUUAUACUAUUUUUUUGCACAGUGCAUGGCACCUUAUUAAGUUUAGUAGCAUAUAAUUUGCUGCCAUGUGAAGCUUAGAGCAUUGUUCAUUCCAGCAAAGGCACUUAAACCAAAGUAUGAAAAUAAUUGUGAAGAUUUUGCGAUUAUCCUUCAUUGGUAUUUUAUGAGGUACUUUGUAUUUGUGUUUCUGCAAACACAUUUUUAAGAUGUGCGCAUACAUGUUAAAACAAUUUGAGAGUUGAGAGUUUGUAGAUCCAUUGGUUCUAAAAUAGAACUACAGAUGCACAAAAUUCAGAUAUUUAUACAUUUUCAAUCUUUUGGGGAACUAUUGGGACAUUGCUAAUAUAUUGUUCGAAGAAUCUUUUGUGAAAUUGUUGGAGUAAGCCUUUAAUUGUGGCUGUUUAGUUCAAAGCUUACAUUGAUUUACUAGUAGAUUAAUUCAAUGAUAGAAAAUGAUUUGCCAAUUUUAUUUUUAAAGCCCGUUUUAACCAUGGAAAGCAAAGUCAAAUUUUCAACUAGGAGUGAUAUAUAUGUGGAACAGAAUCACGAUGCUGUGAAAAUACUAACUUGCUAUUGUCCUACAUUACAUUUUUGUUUCUAUGAGCAAAAUCUAGUAUGUUUGUGAAAUAUAACUGAUCAUUCACUAAUGAGAUACCAUGUUCCAGAAAAUUCAGAAAUCUUGGGUAACAUUAAGAUAAUCUUUUAAUAGAUGUAACGGUGAUUGUCUUCUUAGAUUGGUGACUGCUGUCAGAACCAGCAUCUCAUGUGUAGUAGCACGUCCAGGAUAGAAUAUUCCGGUAAUGUAUUUCAACUGAAGUUUGUUUCCCUUCAGAAUAGCAAUCAAAAGUUUACAUGAGGGUGAUGCAUUUGUUUUUAUACAAUGAAGGGAGUCUAUUGACACUGAGCUAAUGAAGUUCAUCUGAUUCCAGAGAUCAGUUAUUGAGCUAUCAUUCAACUUUUCAGAUGCAUAUUGAAACCAUGUAUUUAAUUUGUUCCCCUGGUAAUUUACAGAAAUGCAGAAAACUAAACUAGCCAGAGGUUUUUCAGCAUAUGCCAAGUGCUACUAGUUACAGGCGUCUUACUAAAUUACAACUGUGAUGAACUAGAUGAUUCCUGUUAAAUUCAAAGACUUGGACAGAAGUUAAUGAUUUAUCCAUCUGUAUCGUGAGUAGGAAAAUCUAAUGAGUAGUGGAUCUUAAAUGUUACUAAGAAAAUAAUUUGCCUUUAAUUUUCUCUGUAUUCUGGCUCUUUGUCUUCGUACAGUAUUUGAGUAAACACAUGCCCAGUUAGACAUAUUAUGAAGACAUUGGAGAGUAAUCAUGAAGCUUUAUCAUCAAAUAUAACAGAAUCAAAUUGUUGAUAUUGUUGCGAUGUGAUUUUAAAAUUGAGAUCUGCAAAAUUAUGUAAAAGCCCUGUUUUCAACUUGAGAUUAACUAUUUAAAGUAUCAUUGAGUAGACGAAAAACGUGUGGAUUUAUUCUUGUGAAGUGCUGAUGAUAUCUGAGAUUGAGCAUACGUUAUAAUUGCAGCAAAUCAGAAAUCUUUGAAUUGUAUUUCAAACUGCUCAAUUCUACUUGGUUAUCAUGGUUAUUUCAACUGGACUAUAUAAGUGAGUGAUGAACUAGAUGUUGGUUGACAACUGAUGAGCAUGACUCCUGAAUUCAUUUCUUGGAUAAUUAGAAUUACCACUUAAAAAUGUAGAACAUCAAUUUCAUGAAAAUUUAAUUAGAAUACUUGCUGAACAAAUCAAUUUUUCAAAUGACAUCACAUUCAUUUUUAGACUGUAGAAUUUCAGCCCCCAAUAAAGUUCAUGAAAGAGAA